AUGGCCUGCCGGGGAAUGUUCGCUCUUUCAAGGUUCCUUAAUGUAUCUUUGAAACCGGCCCCAUUUGCGAAAAUAAUGGCUUCAAAUGCCUUUGCAAGCAAAAGGUGGUUUGCAACUGAUGUGAAGCCUGCCGCCUCUGCUAGCGCUAAAGGACGUAUUGUCGCUGUUAUUGGAGCCGUUGUCGAUGUUCAAUUCGACGACAAACUCCCACCUAUUUUGAAUGCCUUGGAAGUGCAGGGACGUUCUUCGCGUCUUAUCCUUGAAGUCGCUCAGCACCUUGGUGAGAGCACUGUCCGUACUAUCGCUAUGGAUGGUACUGAGGGCCUGGUUCGCGGCCAGGAGUGUAUCGACACUGGAGCCCCCAUUACAAUCCCUGUUGGCCCCGAAACCCUGGGACGUAUCAUGAAUGUCAUCGGUGAAGCAAUUGACGAACGUGGGCCCAUUAAGUCAAAGAUGUCGCUGCCCAUUCACCAAGAUGCUCCCGAAUUCGUCGAAAUGAGCACUAGCCAGGAAAUUUUGGAGACUGGAAUUAAAGUUGUUGACUUGUUAGCUCCCUACGCUAGGGGUGGGAAGAUUGGCUUGUUCGGUGGUGCUGGUGUCGGCAAAACUGUCAUCAUUAUGGAGCUUAUUAACAACAUUGCUCGGGCGCAUGGUGGUUAUUCUGUAUUUGCCGGUGUUGGGGAGCGAACGCGAGAGGGCAAUGAUCUCUACCAUGAAAUGAUAACCACUGGUGUCAUUGACCUUAAGGGCAACAAUUCGAAGGUCGCUCUUGUCUACGGUCAAAUGAACGAGCCCCCGGGUGCCCGAGCACGUGUCGCUCUGUCCGGCCUUACCGUUGCCGAGUAUUUCCGUGACCACGAAGGCCAGGAUGUGCUUUUGUUCAUUGAUAACAUUUUCCGUUUCACUCAAGCCGGUUCCGAAGUGUCUGCACUGCUUGGUCGUAUUCCUAGUGCUGUUGGUUAUCAACCCACUCUGGCAACUGAAAUGGGUUCUAUGCAGGAGCGUAUUACCACUACAAAAAAGGGAUCCAUUACGUCUGUGCAGGCAAUUUACGUUCCUGCCGAUGAUUUGACUGAUCCUGCUCCGGCAACCACGUUCGCUCACUUGGAUGCCACCACUGUGUUGAGCCGUGGUAUUGCCGGUCUUGGUAUUUAUCCUGCUGUCGAUCCCUUGGACUCUGUCAGCCGUAUUCUGGAUCCGAACAUCGUUGGUGAAGAGCAUUAUACUGUCGCGCGUGGUGUGCAGAAGGUUCUACAGGAUUACCGCUCUCUCCAAGAUAUCAUCGCUAUUUUGGGUAUGGAUGAAUUGUCUGAGGAGGACAAGUUGACAGUUGCUCGUGCUCGAAAGAUUCAGAAGUUCCUCUCUCAGCCCUUCCAGGUGGCAGAGGUCUUCACUGGCAUGGAGGGCAAGCUGGUUAGCUUGCAAGAUACCAUUAAAAGCUUCAAGAAGAUUCUUUCCGGUGAAAUGGAUCAAUAUCCCGAAGCGGCUUUCUACAUGGUUGGUGGAAUCGACGACGUCGUUGUGAAGGCAAAGAAACUCGCCGCUGAGCACUCGUAG